GCUCAGCUCAGCUCUCCCACUGCCGCAUCCGCAUUCACCCUGCCCGCCGCCAGUGCCGUUGCCGCCGCCGCCACAAUGGAGUCACUCUUGGCCUCUUCUUCCGCUUGUUCUCCGAUCGCUUCUCUCGUCUCCCCCGCCACGCGCUCUUCUCGGAGGCCUCGCCGCCUCUCGCUCUCUCUCAGCGGCGAACGCCCUGCGGUGCCUCGCGCGACGGCGAAGAUGAGCCUGCCAGAGGAGACGAAGAAGGAGGCCAAGCUGUGGGGCGGCCGGUUCCAAGAGAGCGUCACCGACGUGGUGGAGAGGUUCACGGAGUCGAUCUCCUACGAUAAGCAGCUUUACAAGCAGGACAUCAGGGGGAGCCGCGCCCAUGCAUCCAUGCUCGCUCACCAGGGGCUAAUGAGCAACAGCGAUAGAGAUCGCAUCCUGUGGGGCCUUGAUCAGAUAGAGUGUCAGAUUGAAGCAGGUGAGUUUUUGUGGAGGACUGACAGAGAGGACGUUCACAUGAACAUUGAAGCUGCACUUACAGAUUUGGUUGGUGAACCUGCAAAAAAACUCCACACAGCUCGGAGUCGAAACGAUCAAGUUUCAACAGAUUUUCGUUUGUGGUGCCGUGACGCUAUUGAUGCAAUUCUUUUGCGUAUUAAACAACUUCAGGUUGCACUGGUGACUUUGGCCAAGAAGAACGAGGGCCUGAUAGUUCCUGGUUACACGCAUUUACAAAGGGCACAACCUGUUCUACUUCAACACCUUCUCUUAGCAUAUGUUGAGCAGCUUGAACGUGAUGCUGGGCGUUUACUAGAUUGCAGAGUGAGACUAAAUUUCUGCCCUCUAGGCGCAUGUGCUUUGGCAGGAACUGGCCUUCCCAUUGAUAGGUUUAUGACUUCUAAAGCUUUGGAAUUCACUGCUCCAUUGAGGAACAGCAUUGAUGCAGUCUCAGAUCGGGAUUUUGUCAUAGAGUUCCUUUCUGCUAAUUCCAUCACAGCAACUCAUCUAUCCCGGAUUGGUGAAGAGUGGGUACUGUGGGCCUCAGAGGAAUUUGGAUUUAUUACCCCUAGCGACUCUGUUUCAACUGGUAGUAGUAUAAUGCCUCAAAAGAAAAACCCAGAUCCAAUGGAACUUGUUCGCGGGAAGUCUGCUAGAGUGAUUGGAGACCUGGUUUCACUUCUUGUUUUGUGCAAGGGGCUUCCUCAAGCUUACAAUCGGGAUUUGCAGGAAGAUAAAGAACCUGCAUUUGACAGCGUUAAAGCAAUUAUGGGAAUGCUGGAAGUGACAACAGAGUUUGCUCAGAACAUAACCUUUAAUCAGGAGAGAAUACACAAGGCUUUACCAGCUGGUCAUCUUGAUGCCACGACGCUCGCAGAUUAUCUUGUGAAAAAGGAAAUUCCUUUCCGAACUUCACACGACAUAGUUGGGAGGGCUGUUGCUCUGUGCUUUUCAAAGAACUGCCAGCUUCAGGAUCUGAGCCUGGACGAGUUGAGAAGCAUUAACCCAGUGUUUGAAGAGGGUGUCUAUGAUUUUCUUGGAGUGGAAAACUCAAUCCAGAAGUUCAGCUCAUACGGUUCCACGGGCACGGCAUGCGUAGCUAGCCAACUCGAGUACUGGAUUGCUAAGCUCCACAUCAAAAGCGAUUGAAAAACAGUAAUGAAUGUGGAAAGCGUCUGCAGAUCAAAGUACUAGCUGUUUUUGGUAGAUCCCAUUGAUGAAAAGUAGCAAUGGAAUGAGAUCCACAGCAUUCGCUUCUAAAAGGGCUUAUACUAGGUUAUCUGUUCUGUUGUAUGCAGAAGGUUUUGAGACAUGUAGUAGUAGUAGUAGACCCUUUUGUAAUGUCAAUUUAGCCUCUGGAUUUGAUCGAGGAACCAACCUACUUUUGAUUCCAGCUCCUAAUUAAUGCAAUGUUUUGUGUUCCAUGCAA